GGAAAUUUCCUGUGAUUUCACGAGUAGCGACAAUCGACGAUCGGUAGUGGACUAAAUAAAUCUUGGUCUCCCUAGUCAAUUAGCGUACGCUUGGCAGUAUAGUAUACGACAGGUUCCAGAAAUUUCAUCAAAACUACAGUUAGAAAAAAAUUUACAACGAAUUCGGAAUUACUUGCUACGGAACACAGCAUUCUGUAUACGUAUAGUCGAGUAUUACAUAUUGCACUCAAUCAUACUCAAUUAAAUACUCGUGUAUUUGAUAUAAUCUAACUGAUCGUGCGAUAUUCAAAAUGUCUUUGUUUGGAUCUCUCAUGGGCGAUUUCGACGACGAUCCUAUAUUUGGAUCUCAUAUGCGUACUAUGAGGCAAAUGAACAGCAUAAUGAAUUCGUUUUUCACCGAUCCGUUUGGAAUGAUGGGUCAGAAUGCAUUAACUGAUUCACAACAGAGAAGUGGGGUACAUCAUAAUGAGAUGCAAAUGAUGCCGUUUACUUUUCCGACUAUGCCAGCAAUGAACUUUAAUAGAUUAUUCACCAAUUUCGAUAAUUUGGCAACAAAUGGAAAUUGUCAUUCCUUUACAAGCAGUUCUGUAAUGACUAUGGCUAGUGGUGCAGAUGGACGCCCACAAGUUUAUCAGGAAACAAUGUCUACAAGAACUGCACCUGGCGGAGUGAAAGAGACGAAAAAAACUGUAUGUGAUACAAGAACUGGAACAAAGAAAAUGGCUAUUGGUCAUCAUAUUGGGGAUAGAGCCCAUAUUCGUGAAAGGGAACAGAAUAUUCAUAAUGGAAAGCAAGAAGAACAUGAAGAGUUUAUCAAUCUUGAUGAAGACGAAGCUGAAAGCUUUAAUACUGAGUGGGAAUCAUGUACAAGACGUUCUGUAGGUGCUAUUGGAGGACCGCAUCAUAAUGCAUAUGCUAACUACAAUAGACGUCGUCCUGAUCACAAGCAACUUGCUUUACCCGAUGCAUCAGGAAGAUGGAUACCUUCUUCUAGGCGCAAUAUUAAAGCUUUAUCUUCUAAAACUUAUGAUUUGGCUUCUACUUCACGGUACAACCACAAAUAUUAAUAAAUUAAAAGCAUAGUACACAGCGGUGACACUUUUGUAACGUAACUCUGACCCUCUUCCAUCUUCUGAAGCUACUUAUCAUAGAAAGGCUACGACAGGAUAUCGGAAACGUGAACAUACUCCCGAAACCGAAUAUAAGCAUAAGCGUCCCGCAAUGUGAAAUAGUAAAUGUUUUAGAAUGUCUUAGGAUAUAAUCUCUCAAAAUAUAAUUAGCUUUGCCUGUAACUUCUCAAUAAUCAUGACUAUUUAUGAAACAAAGAGUUGCAAUUUAUUUGCAUUACUAUUGUAUAAUUAAAAAAAUACAAAAUAUAUCCUUAUAUUUGUAUUUAUGAAAUACAUUAGAAAGGAAACGUUUCAACUGGGAUUGCUAGUACUCUAAUUUCUCUUAUCUAUAAUUAUUAUUUGCAUUAGUAUUGUAUAAUCAAAAAAAAUAUAAAAUAUAUCCUUAUAUUUGUAUUCAUAAAAUAUAUGAGAAAGGAAACGUUUCGAUUGAGAUUGCUACUACUCUAAUUUCACUCUUAUGUAUAGUGGGAUCAAAAUAUAAAAUAUUUAAAAAAUCA